AUGCCGCACGACCUGAGCCCCGAGACCGCGCUCGCGAACGCCAAGACCGCGUGCGGCCGCCUCGCCGCGUUCGUCGCCGCGACCAACUUCCUCUUCGCGCUGGCGACGAUGGGUUCGCGCCGUCGACGGAAUACGCGGCGGAUCGGCGACGGCGUCGUCGACCUCGGCGCGGCGUGGACGGUCGCGACGAUGACGUUCUGCGCGCUCGCGCGAUCGCCGGCGCCGUUCGUCCUCGACGACGAGCUCCUCCUCAAGCUCGCCCCGUCACAGCCGCUGCAUCUGCUCCUCGUGACGCUCCCGACGCAGGCUCGUUCUAUAGACUGGUCCCCAUACGACCGCGUCGGCGUGGCGCUCUUCCUCCGCGCGCUGUGGUCGCGCGGGCUCGUCCGAAGGGGGAACGCGGCGUCGCUGCUGUUUUGCCUCGUCGGCGCCGUCGCGUCGUUGUGCCUCGCGCGCGAGCUCAGCGACAAGACGCAUUCGCCGGAGAGCGGCGAGCGCGGGAAGGCCGAGGCGCUUAACGCGCUCGUGGACAUGCUCGUCGCGAUGUCGCGCGCGGGCGCGGGCGGGCUACUGCUGGUCGCCGCGGCGCCGCGGCGGGAACAGAUUCGCGAGGAGGAAGCCGCCGCGGCGGCGUCGGACGGCGGCGACGCCCAAUCGGAACACGCCACGUCGGAUGGCGGCGGCGGCGGCGGCGCGGGCAGCGGCGGCGGCGGCGCGGGCAGCGGCGGUGGCGUGCCCGCGUCGCGCGUCGACGGACGGCCGAUCUCCGUCGGCCUCGCCGGGCAGGAGCUCGCGCUCGUGACGUGUUGGUGUUUCAGCGUACUCCUCGUCGCGCCGCCGAGGCUCGGGAACGGGCCGGCGUUUUACGCGGACGACGUGAAGCACUGGUGCGUGCCGUGGCAGGGGUUGCGGAGCUUAGCGCACGUUUUGACGCAGUGGGUGGGGUUCGUGGUCGUGAAGGCGAGGUGGGCGAGCAUGCUGUCUGGCGGUGCGAGCGGGAGAGGGAGAGAAGCUCGCAGACCGAAGACGGAGUAG